AUGACAUCUAUCGGGACCGGCUAUGACUUAUCCAACUCCGUCUUUUCGCCAGACGGGAGAAACUUCCAGGUGGAGUACGCCAUGAAGGCAGUGGAAAACGGCGGGACCUCCAUCGGGAUUAAGUGUAAGGACGGUGUGGUGCUCGCGGUGGAGAAGAUCAUCACGUCCAAGCUAUUGGCGCCGGGCAAAAACAAGCGCAUCCAAACCAUUGACAGACACGUAGGGGUGGCAUACUCCGGCUUGUUGCCGGAUGGACGCCACUUUGUGAACCGAGGCAGAGACGAAGCGAAUUCUUUCAAGUCGUUGUACAAGCAGCAGAUCCCAUUGCCUGGCUUGGCUGACAGAUUGGGGACCUACGUGCAGAAUUACACAUGCUACAACUCCGUCAGACCAUUCGGGGUCUCGGCAAUAAUUGGCGGUGUGGACGAGGAUGGUCCACACUUGUACAUGAUUGAGCCGAGUGGAACCUACUGGGGCUAUACCGGUGCGGCAACUGGCAAGGGCAGACAGACGGCAAAGUCCGAAUUGGAAAAGUUGGACUUGCAGAACAUCAGUGCUCGUGACGCCGUCAAGGAGGCCGCUAAGAUCAUCUACGCUGCUCAUGAAGAUAACAAGGAUAAGGACUUUGAGUUGGAAAUCUCUUGGGUCAGUGUUUCCGAGACCGCGGGCAAACACCAGUUGGUGUCCGACCAGUUGUUGCAAGAGGCCAUACAGUACGCCACCGAGGAGGCCGAGUCGGACGAGGAGAUGGAGGAUUAG